AGUGUCGUGUGAUUCUCAUGCCAGUAGCGUAAACAUGGCUGGAUCUGGCGAAUGGGGCGAUCAUGACAAGGGCAAUGAUUUUUGUGAUGAUAAAAUUUUUGGCUCUGCUGAUACAUUUAAUAUGACAGAGUUAAGUGAACUUGAUGAGAUCAUAAGGGAUUCCGAUAUCUUCUCAAGGUACGGAUACCUACUCAGCGAUGAAGCAAUUCUAUCGCAGCUCGAUGAGAAAACAAUGGAAGUGAAAGAGGAUUUCUUGUAUGAAUUUCCUAGUGACGUACAACCACUUGACAGUGAGAUGCCGAUGGACACCUCGCAACUCUCGAAGAACUUGAGCGCGGAGAAACAGUCUCCGGAUGUGUUCUUCCCGGCGGCGAACAGUUUCACGGCACCGCAGAAAGCGGUGGGCCUGCUUCCUCCGGCGGGCCCCGUCCCUCAGGGGAGUCCUGUCGCAGCGACGCCCGCGAGCGCCAGGGUGCCGUCACCGCCCCAGGCGGUCGCCCGCCCGAGCACCCUCGCCCCUGGGGGGCCGGUCGCCCAGAGCCCCGCCACGUUCCUCGUCUGCCCGGGCGGGGCGAACCCCAAGCUCCAGAGGAAGAAGUCACCGCAGAAGUUGGGAGUUGGGGACCAGCCGGCGGGGAACGCCCGGGUCCGAUUGCAGUUGCCGAAGCAGCAGCUGCAACAGAGGAUUGCCCAGCAGAGCCCGGCGUUCGCGACCAAGGAAUCUGAGCAACGUGGCAAGGAGAACGUGCAACAGAUUUUUGUGAAAACACAGCUGGUCAGGUCGGAAGCCCAGGGGAACCCGCCGACUGCGACCGUCGUGUACGCUGGCACCCCGAUGGCCAGGGUCACCUCGUCGCAGGCCAUCUCCAAGGUCUCCCAGCAGCCGUCCAUACACACCCUCGUCAACACUGCUCACGGGACCAUCUUGACCGCGGGCAUACCGCUGGUGCUGGACGGGGACAAGCUGCCCAUCAACAGGAUCACGCUGCCCCAGAUGCCCAAGGUUAGGGAGGGGAAGCGCAGUGCCCACAACGCCAUAGAGAGGAGGUACAGAACCAGCAUCAACGACAAGAUCAUAGAGCUGAAGAACAUCAUCGCUGGGACGGAAGCAAAGUUGAACAAGUCGGCUGUGCUUCGCAAGGCCAUAGACUACAUCAGGUUCUUGCAGAACACGAACGCAAAGCUCCAGCAGGAGAACAUUGCGCUGAAGAUGGUGGCCAAGGAGCAGAGCCUGAAGGAGCUGCUGGUGGGGCAGCCCUCGCAGCAGCAGCUGUGCGACGAGAUGAUGCUGAGGGAGGCUGUCGGCCCAAUCACCCCUCCCCGCUCGGACGUGUCCUCCCCGUCGUUCUCCCCGUCUCACUCGGACAGCUCCCUCCCGCCGUCGCCGAGCAACUCCUUCAAGGCGGAGGUCAAGGAUGAGGAUGAAGACGGUGUGCUCACUGCCACGCGGGGCAUGAUGGACCACUCCCGCAUGGCUCUCUGCAUGUUCAUGUUCGCCGUCCUGGCGUUCAACCCGUUCGGCAAGGUGCUGGACAAGUUCUCCGACCUCCGCGGGGACUACUCGGAGUCUGUCAUGGGCGGCAGGACCAUACUGACCGUCGAUGGUCACGACAGCAACAUGUGGCAGUGGGCUGGCUCGCCUUUGUUCCUGUGGUUCUUCAACAUAGUUGUGCUGUUCGGAUGUCUAGUGAAGAUGUUAGUGUAUGGGGACCCUCUGCUGCCGGCAAAAUCCAAGGCUGCCGUUGCAUUCUGGAGACAUCGCAAGCAAGCAGAAUUCGAUCUUUCAAAGGGCGACGCGGCGGCGGCGGAGCUGGAGUUGAGGCGCUGCCUGCAGGCGUACGGCCGGCCGCUGCCGUCCGGCCGGCUGGAGCUGCUGUCGGCCGCCGCCUGGCAGGCCGUGAGGCAGUGGCUGCACCGCUGCUGGGUCGGGCGCUGGCUGUCGCGCCGCGCCGGCGGCUUCUUCAUCGGCAGCGCGGCGAGGAAGGAGGCGCUGGGCUGGACGAGGGAGCUGGCCUACGUGUGCCACCAGCUGCACCAGCUGAGCCUGGGCGGCGGCGGCGGGGGUGCCACGGACGGCCACGUGGCGGGCGUGGCGCUGGCGCUGGGAGCCGUCAACGCGGCGGAGGCCUGCGCCGGCGCCGUGCCGCCCGACCACCUGGGCGACGUGUACGUGGCGGCCGCCCUCCGUGUCAAGGCCUCCUGCCCCUCGUUCCUGCUCUUCCUCAGCAGGUUCUACCUGGCCCUGGCGAGAAGCGCCUUCGCCAAGAGCUGCGGCAAGGGGCCGUCCCGCCUGCGGUGGCUGCUGACCCCUCACGGCCACAGGUUCCUGGUGGGCCACCACUGGGCGGCCUGCAGCCCCCGGUUCAGCGAGCCGGGCCCCCGCGCUGACCCGCUGGCCCACGUGGCCCGCCAGUACCGCGAGCACCUGCUGGGGCGGGCGCUGCAGGCGCUGCUGGUCCCGGGGCUGCCCGAGGAGCGCCUGGCCCGCACGCAGACCCACGACGCCCUGGCCUGCGUGCGGGAGCUGGUCGAGUGUGCGGCCUGCGCCGGCGCCGGCCAGCUGCCAGCGUGCGAGGAUGACGUGGCGCUCUGGUGGUCGGCGGUGGUGGGCGUGGCGGCCCACUGGCUGCUGGGGGAGGACGCCCAGGCGGAGCGGCUGUGCCCGCGGGUGGAGGCCCUGCCCGACGCCCUCGGCAGGGACGCGCUGCCCCGCGCCGUGCUGGCGGCGUUCAGGGGGCGACGCGCGCUGGCAGGGCGCGGCGGCGCCAGGGCCGUGCUGCGCCUGUGUGCCGUGGCGGGGCGGGCGCUGGAGGAGAGCAUCGCCUGCUCCGGCUGCCGGCAGCCCUCGGACCUCGACCUGCUGGCGCAGUUGCUGGUGUGCGACUGGCUGCUGGAGACGAGGACGCAGCUGUGGGAGGAGGAAGCGGGGGGUCCGGAUCCCGCCGGCGGCACGGCGUCUCAGCAGCCCGUGCCGGCCGCGGUGCUCAGCGCCUUCCAGAGGGACGUGGCGUCCCUGCGCAGGCUGGCGCAGUUCAUCCCCUCGGCGCUGCCUCGAGUGUUCCUGUACGAGGCGACGGCGCGGCUGAUGGCCGGUGCCGCGCCGGGCCGCACACAACAGCUCCUCGACCGCAGCCUGCGCAGCAGGAACAGUCGCUCCUCCAUCAUCUGCGGGAAAGACAAGUCGGAGGAAGGCUCCGGGGAGCGGGAGCACGCUGCGGCCCUCUACCUGGCGUGCCGGCACCUCCCCUCGCCCCUGCUCUCCUCCCCGGGCGAGCGGGCCGGCAUGCUGGCCGAGGCGGCCAAGACCCUGGAGCGGCUGGGCGACAAGAAGCGUCUGGAGGACUGCUACCGGCUCAUGCGGUCCCUGGGCACCACCUCCGUCACCAACUGAUUCUCAUCCCCGCCAUCCAUCAUUUAGAAUUUUACCUGAACUUAUGGCAUGGCAUUGCAUAGUAAAAUCAUAUUGUAUGGUGAGUACUAUAGCUAGGUAACUAAAAGUGUUCUUUUUUUUCUUCCGAGAAAAAUGCAAAAAUUUAUGAAUUUGUGACGUAUGAAAUUUUGUUUUACAAUUAUUUCUGAAUUUUAAGGUUCUAGCGUGUUGUGAACCUUGCGUGUUUGAAAUCAUUGUAGCAUUUAAUUUUAUUCGUACAAUUUUGUAUUGUAUUAUAAUGCAGUGUUUUACCUGCGGACAGGUCGGCCCUUUUCAUGGAUGGCAUCUAUAAUAUGGGCCACAUUUUCCCCAAUGAGGAUCACCCUCAACUAUGGUUCGCACCAUAUAUUUGUCUUCCCUGGAGUACCAUGGAUACGAGUGAAGUCUUUUUGGUCCACGUCUCGGCCUAUUGGCACGUUAUAGUACUGGUGUGGACCCUCAGUCCUUUGUCUGCUCUCUGUCCUGCUUUUUUAUUGUGUAGUCCUGAGCUCUAUCGGCCUUCCCCCCCCCCCACCCAACCCCUUUCUCACUUCCCCCGCCCUGACCCCCUACCCAAACCCUUUUUAUGGCCCAUCAAUUAUCCACUUCCUAACAAAAAGACAAAGCAAAAGAAAACUAUUUUUUUUUUAUAUUUGUGGUUCCCUUACCCCUUAAUGUUUAUUGUUUUUACUCGUGCCUUUCCCUAAGAAAGGAAAGGCAAUAAGUUACUAUUUCUUGUCAGUUCCUUCCAUGCACGCAAAAAUCAGUGAGAAAAUUGUGCUUGGUCAAGGGAAUACAAAAGCUGUACUUCAAAACACCAACGAUGGCUGCAAUUUCAUCAUGGCAAGUUGCAGUUGAAAGUGUGAGGAAUCUCGUUCAAAAACAAAAAAUGUUGGGGCACAGUUGCGUCACAAACACCUACGGAGAUAGACACGUGAAGAUUGUUUACCAUGCCAAUUCAUGAGCAAUGUAGUCACGAGAGGGGCAGGGACCAUUAGUACUGCUACAUGGCCACACGCACUCUCAGAUUGCACACACUCAAACACUGGCUGGAUUAUUUUUAGAUUUUCCCCUCCUCCAGCCAGCCUUUACACACAUUGCCGAGGUACAGUAAACUCCCGGUAUACCGCGCCCCGAUAGAUCGCGGAAUCGGGUAUAUCGCGGGUCAAACCAUGUCCCCCAAUCAUAAAUGAAUAAUAAUAAUAAUAGUAGAACCUCGUUAAUUCGUGAUGGUCGGGACCGAGAUAAUCACGGAUUACAGAAUUUCACGGACUAGCGAUUAAAAGCCCGGAAGGUCUUGUCAAGCUUCUCAGACACCGGCGUGCAGCUGAGGCCAAGGUCAUGUGACGUAACAUCUACCGAGGCUUACUGCGCCUUGGCAGCAGAUGGAUAAAAAAUAGUAAACUCUCCAUUAUUCGUGUUAAUUGGGACCCGCCGAUGCCCGGAUAAUUAAAAUCCUGUAAAAAAAAAGUAAUAAACCCGGAUAAUCCGUUCACAGUAAGGGCCGUCUUCGAAUCAGUCUCGGCUUAAAAAAAUACGGCACUGCCUAGCCAUUAGUUCACGGUCAUUUACAACAGCCGAAGAGAGAAAGAUAAGAUCGAAGAGAGAAAGAUAAGAUCGUGCUGAACUUGCACACAUAAAUUUUGGGUAGCGGCCCCCCCCCCCCCCCCCCCCCCCAUCCCACUCAUCCCACUUCGUCCAGCCGAAUGCCAGCCAGCCAGACACGUCACUCGCCAGGCGCCUGCCGUGCGUUGGCGGGUGGAAACAAACAAAGGGAGACGGGAAGCAGAAGUCAUGACAUCCCCCUCAAGUUUAAAGAGUGACAAAUGUGACAGCUGAAAAGGGGGCGGCACAAAGGGUCGGUACAAACAGCGUUGCAGAGUUUGGCGGCCUAUGCGAAGGCUUGCAGUGUUUGCCGGCGGCCGGCCCGCGUGCCGUUAAUUUUAAGCGCUGACAAUUUUUACUUCUCUUUUUUUUUCUGCACUUUUAAAUCGUCCUGGAUUAUCCGAUUCCCGAAUUAGCGCGUCACGGAUUAACGAGGUUCUACUGUAAUAACAAUGGAAUAAAUGGUUGACAGCCGAUUAGGAUAAUUUUGCGUUGUAACUCACAAACUAAGCAUCGGGCAGAAAAAAGCCUAGGCGUAGAAAAUGUCCGCAGUGAAAUUCUAAACAAGAUAUUUCCGUACAUUAUUCCUCUAUCUUGUAGUGUUUUAAAAUUAUGGUCCAAUCCAGCCCAGUGUUAUUUUCUGAAACACUAGUUCUUAACAUUUUUUUUAACCCACAAAUAAAGCAUCGGACAGGGGACCCGAUAAAGCCCACCGUCCAGCGACAUUAUCCAGCGUGACUCGGCUGGGGAUUGAUUUUGGAUAGGUUUGGUUGACGGCAAGCGCUGGGAGGGGAGAGGCGAGCCGAGAAUAUGCGACCAAGACACCCGGGUAGACGGGAGGAGUGGAAUAUAAGCGCCAGUGAUGAGAGGGGCGAUUAAGCCGAAAGGGGGAAGUCUGGUGACCUUGAGUAGUUCACUCAUUUCCGUCGGCACACUUCUCGUGUUCACGUGUGUUGACAAGCGGAGACAUAUAAAUGUUUUGUUAUAACUUGAACCUACAGACGUAAUUUUAUUCGUUGUAUUAUACACGUUCAUCUUUUUACUUUGGUAUAAUGUUUUAACAUUAAAUAGUAAAGUAAAUCAGCUAGCGUAUUUUUAAUCUUUGCCGAGGAAUUCCCAGUGGACCAAUACUUACGUGAACCAUACUGUACCACUUUUGCCGUGAGGUAGUAAACAAGCCCCGGAUAUGUUUAUGUGUAGCGGCCUCCCGACCUUUAACCAGAGGCUAGGGAAUAUAACACUUGCUGAUCCGAGCCACACACACUCAGCAACUCGACACAGCGUUUGAUGGAAUAAGUAAAGACAACGUUUAACAGACUUUUUAAUACGGCGCCACUGAUUGCGCUAAAAUUAUUUUGGCGCAAUUUUUGUAUCCCACAUGUGACCAUUUAUAAUUUAAUGUAAGCAUGGAUAACAAAGUUUAACCACUUUACACGAUAGACGAUUCUUUAUUUUAUAUUGUACGAAUGCUAGAAUCGUUUUUCACGUAUCUGCUGCAUACUUCUGCAAAAGACACGCUAUCUGUAAGUACGUAAAUCUAGAAUUUUUAUUUUGUCAAUCAAACUCGGUACUUUGCGAUUCAUAUUCGGUUUGAAGUAUUACUAUGGCCUUUCUAUUUAGAAGACUUUGACCACAGAAUCGUGUGUAACCGCACACACUGCCCUUACUUUGUUACGGACACUCAGACGAAGCAGAUACUGUGGCUGACACCACGAGACUGGCAGCAGCUUGUGUGCCGCACGUGUGUAUGGCGGCGUGUGGCGCGCUCGUUGGCCGUGCGACAAACUGUGCGCGGCAUGCGGAAAAAAAAAAAUUCAACAUUUACUAUUUAUCUUUAAAAUUUAUUAUUUUUAUUUUCUCACCCGCGUUUAGUGAAAACUGCGGAUGCAAAGUCCGCACAAAGGCGGGCCGUCUAUACUGUGCGUGCUUGCCGACCUAUUAGAACACAGGCGGUGUUUUAUGCCUUUUGACCUUGGUCACAUCGAAACAUCGCGGUUAUACAACAACGCGGGUAAAAGUUAUGUCCCCCGACAACCGCGUUAAAUAGGGAGUGUACUGUAUUUUAAUUCAACAAAUCAUACGUACUCACGGGGAGGGGCACAAAUCUGUAGGAUUCUUCAGGAGGGUCCCUGUAGAAAUUCCUGGUGUUUUUUGUGGUGGUGGGGGCAGAGAAUUUUGUGUUUGGGUUUUAACCUACACGAGUUUAUGUUGUACACUGCCGAUAUUUUGGUUCAUUUACAUACAGUAUGCAGAAAUCAUUUACAAUAUACUGACAUUUUUUUCAUGAAAAAACCCUUUUGAAGUUUAUUUUUAUCAAACCAGUUUCACAGUUAUGACUUAUGAUUUUGCAAGUACAAGUGGGCCCCCUCAGUGAGAAGCUUGUUAAUUCCACUGGCAACCCUCCCCCCUCCGGGUUCCACGUCUAUGCUUAUUCUUAAUAUGUUUUUUAAUAACCGACAUAGGAUAGUUAUUUAAACACAUACACAGUGCAAUGCUAAAAAUUUAAUUUUUUUUACUGAAACUGAAAAUCUAGCAAAAAAAGGUAAAUUUUUUUUUUUUUAAAUCAACAUAAAAUCUAUGACCAAUACAGGGAUAAAUACUGUAUUGUAUUUUGUUUUUAUAAUCAGGUGUUUUCUGACAGGCUCCUUUGUAGUGCUGGGAGGAAAUACGUGACUGCGUAAUUUAUUUCACAACUACCUCAGACUUGAUUUUUAACAUGUGCUCUAUAAGUUAGGUCCUGUUCCAAAACAAACAAAAAAUAAAUUAAUAUGGUAAAUUAAUUGCAGACACUGACAAAAUUUUGAAAAUCCAAGAUGGCGGGGCCUUAUUCUCUUGAAGUUUUUAGUCUUGUUGCUUGUGGUUAGAAUUUACAAAGUGAAAGCCUAAAAGAUUUUUAUGAGAGUUGAUGCUUCUCAUAUGCUUGUUUCGUUUCAUUUACUCCAUGAAUGUGAUAAACAACUCUUUAAAGAUUUGAUUCUGUGUGUGAGUCAUUACGUUGUACAUUAUCGACUCACUGAUGGUAUUGCAAAUUUGUGGUGUUACACCUUUCUUCAGGAAAGGCUAGGUUUUUCAGAACAUCAAGACCUAUACAUAUAUUUAUUAAUUAUAGUUGAUUUAUUUGUGUAAUGAUCAGAAUUAAAAUUUAUUUAAAGUAAUAGUUUAAAUAUUGUUAAUAAUUCCUUUGUACUAGCCAGAAUAUCUUAAAUAUUUAAUUUUUUUUCUUAACACCAUGGAAAUAACUGUUAAUAGUUUUGAGCCUUUGUUGGUUUGGUUUGAAAUUAUAUUUAUGAAGACAAAAUUACUUAAAGUGAAUUUUUUUUUAUUCUAUGAGUAUAACCAUGAAUAUUUUAAAAGUUUGAUAUGUUGUUAAAUUGUUUUGUUUAUUAAUAAUACAGUUUGUUUUGAUCUUGUGUAUUCUGAUGGGAAGGAAUAAAAUUUACUUUUUUUUUUUUUUUUUGUAAUUCUGGUAAUUCUGUUAGAGCUCUGAUAUUUGUUAUUUUUUUCUGUGCAAGUUUUUAUUAAAAAAAAACUUAAAAUAUAAUAAAAAUUAAACAA